CUGAACUUUUUCUGGUUCAGCACACAGAGGCCAAGGCAACAGGCUGACACUGAAAGAAGAGAAGAUAUUUCUCCAGCAGGCUAUUAAUCAUCCUCAACAUCUGCACCGUCUCCACCACAAGGAUGCUGUCUGUGUCUCUACUUGUUUGUGCCAUGAUGGCUCUGACUAGAGCUAAUGAUGACGAAAUCCUCAAUGUCAACAUGACUAUCGGAAAGGUUGGAAACGACAGUCGACUCUUUGUUGUCAAUGCAGGCCCAGCUUGUCCCGGCAAUUGGAUACCAUAUGGAGAUCGCUGUUUCUAUCUUGAGACAACAAAAAAGAGUUGGGCUCAGGCUGAGAAAAAUUGUCAGAGCCUGGGUGGAAAUCUUGCAUCAGUCCACAGCGAAGAUGAGUAUAUUUUUAUUCAGUCAAUGACAACUGAACCAGCAUGGAUUGGAGGCUCCGAUUGCCAAGAGAGAGGUGCUUGGUUCUGGAUUGGUGGUGCCCCUAUGGAUUAUACAUUCUGGUGUCCCUCACAACCUGACAAUACUAAUGACCAGUGCUGUUUGCAGAUGAAUAUUGGAGAUGGCAAAUGCUGGGAUGACCAGCCAUGUAACAAAGCCCAAAAAUCAAUCUGCGUCAAGAAACACUAGUGAUUCCUGAGCUGACACAGAUUCAAUCAAUCAAACAAACACUUUUGUGGGUGUUUUUGUUUGCUUACUCAUCUGUGUUCGUGUCAACAGCCUCAUGUCGAACCCGAAAGUUCAAAAUCUCAUAUCACAUUUUUAAUUCUUUGCUAUUGUUGGACCUGCCUGAAAUGAUGAGACGACAAGAGCUGUAAAGCUUCUUUGUGCUUUAAUAAGAAGAAAUUGAAUGGUUAUAAAAAAUGAUGCUUUCAGCACAAUGGUCUUCGUAUGUAUUACAUCUAAUUAAAAGGCUGACAUGUUGAAACAAA